GACUCUAGGGCUGCAGAUAAGACUGUUGCCAUGGUCCUGAAGGAGAUACCAAGUAAGGCGUCAUCAGAAGGGAAGCCCCUCCUCACAGUGACUACCAAGCUGGUGAGUGAGCAACAAGAGAGCCGCCCGCUUUUAAGUCCCUCCAUCGACGAUUUUCUCUGCGAGACCAAGUGUGAUGGGGUGUCCCGCCCAGUGACUUCCAACACAGCAGUUCUGUCUUCAACACUGGACCUGCUGGAUCUCAGUGAACCUGGCGAGAGGAGGAGCAGCAAGGACAAAAGGAGCCCCCUGUCAUCCCGGGGCAACAGCCAGAAGAACAACUCUCACAGGAAGAAGACGGAUGAGACGGAGCUGAUCCAGGUGGAAGUUGAACAGACAGGACCGAGCAUGAGGACCCCGGAGAGAGCGUCAUUAGACUCAGUUACUAUUGGUUCCCCGUUGGAUAAAUGGGAAGACCUGAACCCCAACCCUGAGAGGAAUGGGAACAGGAAAUGGAAGUUGGAGAGACGACGUUCUUCUAAAAACUCGUCCAAUGAGUUUCUUUGGUCCAUAGACUGUAAAACCCAAUUAGAGCCAUUGAACAAGAACUCCUUGGAAGCGAACACCAAAGUGGAGCCUGAGUCUGCCCUAGCAUCUCAACUCAACAGGCAGUAUAUUAGUGGAAGACAUGCUCGCUUAAACAAGGAGCAGCGGUGGGGCAGCGCCCUCCUGUCCAGACAUCAGUCCCUGGAGGAGGAGUUUGAGCGAGCCAAGGCUGCUGUUGAGUCAGAUACAGAGUUCUGGGAUAAGAUGCAGGCAGAGUGGGAAGAGCUCGCUCGGCGGAACUGGCUGACAGAAAACGAGCAGGCGCAGAUUCCCUCCUCUGUCUCUCCACAUGAGAAGGGUUACUACUUCCACACAGAUAAUCCUUAUAAAGACUUGCCUAACGCAUUUGAAGAGGGACUAAAGAAGUCCCGAGAGGGAGACUUGCCAAACGCUGUGCUUAUGCUGGAAGGAGCUGUCUUGCAGGACCCUCAAGAUUCAGAGGCUUGGCAAGUGUUGGGGACCACGCAAGCUGAAAAUGAGAAUGAGCAGGCUGCGAUCGUCUCCCUCCAGAGGUGUUUGGAGCUCCACCCAAACAACCUCCAAGCCCUCAUGGCCCUGGCAGUGAGCCUGACCAACACUGGUAUGCGACAUGAUGCCUGCGAGGCCCUGCUCCGCUGGCUGCGACACAAUCCAAAGUACAAGCACUUAUUGAAGGGCAAAACGCACCUCAUAGGAUCCCCAAACUCUCAACGCAGGAUGUCUACCGCUCUCAACAUGGGCAGACAUGAAAGCUCCAUGCUACCCGAGGUCAAGGAGCUCUUCCUGGAAGCAGUUCAGCACAACUCUGACAGCAUCGACCCGGAUUUGCAGACGGGCCUUGGGGUGCUCUACAACCUCAGCGGAGAAUUCAACAAAGCUGUAGAGUCCUUCAAUACAGCCCUGUCAGUGCGGCCUGAGGACUACUUGUUGUGGAACCGCCUGGGGGCCACGCUGGCGAAUGGGGACCGGAGUGAGGAGGCAGUGGAGGCUUACACGCGAGCCCUGGAGCUGCAGCCGGGGUUUAUCAGGUCCCGCUACAACCUAGGCAUCAGCUGCAUUAACCUGGGGGCACACAGAGAGGCGGCCAGUAACUUCCUGACUGCCUUAAGCCUUCAGAGGAAAAGCCGGAGUCGCCAGCAGUCCCACCAGGUGAUGUCUGGAAACAUCUGGGCGGCUCUGAGGAUAGCUUUAUCCAUGAUGGACCAGCCCGAACUCUUCCAGGCUGCAAACAUUGGCGACCUGGAUCUUCUCAUGCGGGCCUUCAACCUAGACAUUUGAGGAAUGGGAGGUAGUGACAAUAGCAGCUCCCCCCUUCACUUACUCUUCAAUUUCUACCCAACAGCCAAAAGCCCAAAGUGCACACAU